GCGGCUGCUGGUACUGUUUCCUGAACGCUGCGGAUCCGGCGUUGCCGGCUCGGGCGGCUCACGAUGCGUAGUGGGCAGGGCGCGGAGCGGGCACCGGUGCUUCAGUUCACCAACUGUCGUAUCCUGCGAGAUGGCAUGCUGCUCAGGGAGGACUUAUGGGUACGUGGGGGUCGUGUUCUGGACCCUGAAAAGCUGUUCUUUGAGGAGCGGCGCAUGGCCGAUGAGCAGCGGGACUGCAGAGGCUGCAUCCUGGCUCCAGGCUUCAUCGAUGUGCAGAUGAACGGUGGAUUUGGUGUUGACUUCUCCAGGACCAUGGAGGAUAUGGGUUCGGGUGUUGCCCUGGUGGCCCAGAGGAUCCUGUCCCACGGUGUCACCUCCUUCUGCCCCACCCUGAUCACUUCCCCACCAGAGGUUUACCAUAAGGUCCUUCCUCAGAUCCCUGUGAAGAGUGGUGGUCCCCAUGGGGCAGGGGUCCUCGGGGUACACUUGGAGGGCCCAUUCAUCAGCCUUGAAAAACGAGGUGCGCACCCGGAAGCCCACAUCCGCUCUUUUGAGGUCAAUGCCUUCCAUGAUUUGCUGGCCACCUAUGGGUCCCUAGACAACGUCCGCAUUGUGACACUAGCUCCUGAGCUGGGCCGCAGCCACGAAGUGAUCCAGGCACUGACAGCUCAGGACAUCUGUGUGUCCCUAGGGCACUCAGUAGCCCACCUUCAGGCUGCAGAGGAAGCAGUACAGAGUGGGGCCACCUUCAUUACCCACCUCUUCAAUGCUAUGCUACCUUUCCACCACCGUGACCCAGGCAUCGUGGGGCUCCUGACCAGUGAUCAGCUCCCCCCGGGAAAGUGCAUCUUCUAUGGGAUGAUCGCUGAUGGCAUACACACCAACCCUGCUGCCCUGCGGAUUGCCCACCGGGCCCAUCCCCAGGGGCUGGUACUUAUCACGGAUGCUAUCCCUGCCCUGGGCCUGGGCAAUGGCCGUCACACCCUGGGACAGAUGGACGUGGAAGUAGAUGGGCUGAUGGCCUGCAUUGCAGGCACCAAGACACUGUGUGGCAGCAUAGCCCCUAUGGACGUCUGUGUCCGACAUUUCCUCCAGGCCACAGGUUGCAGUGUGGAGGCAGCCCUGGAGGCUGCGUCCCUGCACCCUGCCCAGCUGCUCGGGCUGGAGAAGAGGAAGGGGACCCUGGACUUUGGUGCUGAUGCAGACUUUGUGGUGCUCGACGAUGGUCUCCAUGUCCAGGCCACCUACAUCUCGGGUGAACUGGUGUGGCAGGCAGAGGAAGCCAGGCCCUGAACUCAGACCUCAGCUGGAGAGGACGCCUGGCCAGCCCCAGCUGGACACUGAUCGGGAGGGCAUCUGCGGGAGCUGGUCUCCAGGGGCAACUUGGGCACCCCAUCCCAGAUCGGUGUUCAUAGCCCAGAGUAGCAGCCACCCUGGAGGUGUAGACUUGCAUAAAUGAGCUGCAGGA